UGAUAAAAAAUGUUUUGGUAAAAAUAUGAUUGUCAUUUAAACCAUUUGGGUGUGUUUUCAUUUUAUAAUUUUUUUGAUAUUGUUUGUUAAAUAUCUUUAGAAAUCAUCUUUCUGUAAAUUUUUUAAGAUUGUGGUCUAUUGUAAAAUGGACGAAUUGAAUAACAAGGAGGGACCCAAAGUUAGCCUCUCUGAUGCCAUUGCUAAUGUUGAAGUUUUGGAUGAAAUUGAUCUACCAGAUGAACAACAUUGUAUUCAGGGACAAGCCAAAUCAAUUGUCCAUCAUUUCAAUUUGGAUACAAAUUUUGAGGAUAAAAAUGCCUUUGUUUGUGGUGUGGCUAAAUAUCUUGAAGAAGCCAACUAUCAGUCCAAAUUAAAUCAAAUGUUGGAAGAAGGCGAAAAGCAUGCUGUAAUGCUAUAUACUUGGAGAUGUUGUUCACGAGCCAUUCCUCAACCUAAAGACAAAGAUCAACCCAAUAGGCUGGAAAUGAUUGAAAAGACAGUUGAAGUAUUAGGUCCUGAGGUUGAUAAGUUGUUGGCUUUUAUGUAUUUUCAAGAAGCUGCUAUAAAAAGAUUUUGCUCUGAAAUUAAAAGACUGUGUAUGUCACCUAAUAAUAAUCAAGGACCAGGUUCAGGUCCAGACUCAAGCUCCGGAAAACGUAAACAUGACACAUUCGUAUCUGAAACUUACCUAUUGACUCUUGGAAAAUUUUUGAAUAUGUUAGCUGUACUUGAUGAGCUUAAGAAUAUCAAAGCUUCUGUGAAAAAUGACUAUGCUGCAUAUCGACGAGCUUCUCAAUCUCUUAAACAACUAUCUGACUCACAUUCAUUACAAGAAAGUCAAAAAUUGUCCCUUUUUUUGGCGAUGAGAAAUAAAAUUCGUGACUCAUUGAAAGAACAGCUAGAAACAAUUUCUGGUUAUGAAGAGUUACUUGCCGAUGUCAUUAAUUUGGCUACUCACAUGUAUGAAAAUAAAAUGUAUAUGCUUCCUUGGGAGAAACAUAUGUUAGUUAAGGUAAUCGGCUUUGGACUUUUUCUCCUAGACUCUAAAGACUCUAAAAACUGUAACAUCAAUAAACUGGACACUAAACGCCGGAUCAACAUAAGUCGAAUCGAUAAAAUAUUUAAAUCUCUUGAAAUGGUUCCUCUUUUUGGGGAUAUGCAAAUUUCACCUCUACUUACAUAUAUCAAUAAAACUCCAAAUUACGACCCAACUAAAUGGCCAUUAAGCUCCAAUACACAAGUUCAAUCUACACAGGCUGAUAUACUUCAACAUUUAUCAGGUAUCAGGGAAGAUUAUGUAUCUUAUAUAUCCGAGCUUUCUCGUUAUUCCAAUGAAGUCACAACAACUGUUAAAGAAGCGCCAAGAUCUGAUGGAGAAAACAAGCAACUCCUUUGCCUUGCUUUGCGAGGUCUUCAACUAUUAUCUGAAUGGACAUCUCAUAUCAUGGAACUUUAUUCGUGGAAACUAAUGAACCCUACUGAUCAUCAUCAAAACAAAGACUGUCCAGUUGAGGCUGAAGAAUAUGAAAGAGUUACUAGAUAUAAUUAUAGUGAAGACGAAAAAGCUGCUCUCAUUGAAAUGAUUGCUAUGGUUAAAGGAUUACAAGUGCUUAUGCAUAGAAUGGAAACUGUUUUUACUGAUGCAAUCGGCUAUUCAAUUUAUGCUGAGCUACAAGAUUUUGUUCAGAAAACCUUGAGAGAACCUCUUCGUAAAGCUAUCAAAAAUCGUAAAGAUUUAGUCCGCACUUUACUGUCUUCUGUUCGGGAUACUUGUGCAGAUUGGGCUAAAGGAUUUGAAGAUCCAUUGACAAAGGGAAACAAAUUAUCUUCAAGUUCAAUGAGUGAAGUUGAUAUGCAAGUUCCACGACGAAAUGUUGGCCCUGGAAGUACUCAACUCUACAUGGUUCGAACCAUGUUGGAAAGUCUUAUUUCUGAUAAAGCAGCCAGUGGAAAGCGGACUUUGAGGAAAGACAUUGACGGAAAUUAUCUUUUAGCUAUUGAUCAGUUUCAUAAAAAUAGCUUUUUCUGGAAUUAUUUGCUUAACUUCAGUCAAACUCUCAGAGAAUGUUGUGAUUUGUCACAGCUUUGGUACAGAGAAUUUUACCUUGAAAUGACUAUGGGCAAAAGAAUACAGUUUCCUAUUGAGAUGUCUCUGCCCUGGAUCUUGACUGAUCAAAUAUUAAAUACUAAAGACCCUUCUAUGAUGGAAUGUGUUCUCUAUCCUUUAGAUCUUUACAACGAUGCUGCUCACUGCGCUCUUUACAAAUUUAACAAGCAAUAUCUUUACGAUGAAGUUGAGGCUGAAGUUAAUUUAUGUUUUGAUCAAUUUGUCUACAAACUUUCAGAGCAAAUUUUCGCUUACUAUAAACAUCUCGCUGGAUCCAUAUUGUUGGAUAAAAGAUUCCGUAGUGAAGCACAAAUUCAUGGAAUCAAGUUUGCUUGGCCUCAAGCGAACAGAUAUGAGACUUUAAUGAGACAGAGACAUCUUCAACUUCUUGGUCGAACCAUUGAUCUAAAUAGAUUAAUUGCCCAAAGAUUGAAUGCUCAUAUGUUGAAAAGCUUGGAAUUGGCCAUCCGUAAAUUUGAAUUGGGUGAUAUCAGUGGUAUCAUUGAGCUUGAAGGAUUGCUAUCAAUUAACAGAUACACUCAUAAAUUACUGUCUGAGCAUGUUGAACUUGACGAUUUUGAUGCACUAUUCAAAGAGGCAAAUCAUAAUGUUUCCGCUCCUUAUGGUAGCAUUACUCUUCACGUUUUCCUUGAUUUAUAUUACAAUUUCCUGCCUACCUACUGUUACAAUUCAUCAACUAAUCGUUUCGUUAGAGUUCCAUCAAAAGCACCAAAUCUUGCCCCUCACAUGGAUUAUCAUCGUGAAAGAUCAGCUCAUAAUUCUAAUGCACAACCGGCCUACUAUUUUUAUGGUACCAAGGCGUUGAAUGUGGCAUAUGGAAGAAUCUAUGGUCAAUAUUCUAGUUUCAUUGGUGCUCCCCAUUUCCGAGCUAUGUGCCGUCUUUUGGGUUAUCAAGGAAUAGCGGUAAUCAUUGAAGAACUGCUUAGAAUUAUGAAAACUGGUAUUCAAGGAACCAUUGCUCAAUAUGUUGAAACACUUAUGAAAGCAAUGCCAAAAUUAUGUAAAUUACCUCUAUAUGAGUACGGCUCCAGUGGUGUAUUGGAGUUUUACCAAGCACAACUUCGUGACAUUAUUCAAUAUCCUGAUGUUAAAACAGAGCUUUUCCAGUGUUUCAGAGAAAUCGGUAACGCAGUCAUCUUUUGUCUUUUAAUUGAACAAAGUUUAUCUCAAGAAGAAGUUUGUGAUCUCGUCCAAGCCGCACCAUUUCAAAACAUUUUCCCACGUCCCUAUUGUAAAGACCAAGAGAAACCAGAGACUAAAAUUAAAAGAAUGGAAGCCAAAUACGCACCUUUACAGGUAGUUGCCAAUAUUGAUCGGUUUGGAUCCAACAAGCAAGGUCAAAUUGCCAGGGAAGGUGAUCUAUUAACCAAAGAACGGUUAAUUUGUGGUUUAUCAAUAUUUGAAGCUGUUCUUGGUCGUAUUAGAGAUAUUAUGGUUGAAAAUGAAGAGCAAGCUGCCCGGUGGAUUGGACCAACAGAUGGGCCACCACCAAAUGGAGUUAUCUAUGUUGACGAAUGUAUUGAAUUUCAUCGUCUCUGGUCAGCUUUACAAUUUGUUUAUUCAAUUCCAGUAGGAGAUGGUGAAUGGACAGUUGAACAGUUAUUUGGCGAAGGUCUGAAUUGGGCAGGUUGUGUUAUGAUAUCUUUAUUAGGUCAACAGAGACGAUUUGAGACACUCGAUUUCAGUUAUCAUUUACUCAAAGUACAAAGAGUUGAUGGUAAAGAUCAAAUUGUUCGGGGAAUACCGCUUAAACGAAUGGUUGAUCGUAUUAGAAGGUUUCAAAUCCUAAACUCUCAAAUAUUUUCCAUUUUAAACAAAUACCUUAGUUCGCCAUCAAGCGAAGGAAACACAAUUGAACACGUUAAGUGUUUCCAACCACCAAUUCAUCCAGCUCAUGCAGCAAAUCAAGGUGGACCAAUCUAUAUGAGAACUGCAAUCCUGUUGCAACAACAUCGAGGUGCUGUUAAUGAAGACACUGUUAAUUAAUUAAAACUUAUAUUAUUUAAUAAUCAUUUUACAAAACAUUUUUUUGCAGAAACAUUUGUGAUUGAUGUUUUUUCCAGUAUAUGUAGACUUAUUAUUCCAAAACCUAUUUAUUCCCAAAGUUCUUAUUGAUUUAUAAAUUUUUAUGAAAAACCAAGCUCUGUUUUAUAAAAUAAUUUGUAUCAUAAAUUGUUUACACUUUUAACUGGGUAGCUCAUCAAUCAGUGAAGGAUCUUAAUUAUCAAGAUUCAAUUUUUUAUCCCGCUUGAUGAGAUUUUUGUCUGUUUUUAUAUAAUCGACAUAUUCAUUUGGCUUUUUGUUUGUUUAAAAAUGAAUUCACAGAUUAAAUUAUAUUUUUAUUUUGUUUGA